UCACCGUGCGUGAUCGCGUUUUUCUUCUGCUUCCUCGUCGCGAUGAUGGUAGAUUUUUAGUGCAAAGUGAAGUGUGAAGUGCAGAGUGUUGUUUGAAAAGUGAAAAACUUCGCAGGAAAAAGUUAUCGCCCUUCCCCCACACAAAGUGCGUGCACCAGUGCUUUUAUCCGUGAUUAAAUUGUGCAAAUCUGCGUUCAGUUUGCACAAUUUGGCUAGUAGUGCUGGCUGCGGAAUUCCAGAGAAAGACAAAAAUCGCAGCCCAGCAAAAACCAAAAUCAAAAGAAACAGACCAUCGACAUCGGGAGGUUUGGCUUUUCUCUUUGUGUUCGUCCGUCUGUUGGAGAUUGGGAAAACUUCCGACGAGUGGAAAUUUCAUUGUGUUCAUCAGCAAGAAUCGUUUCAGCAGAGUAGAGUGUGAUUAAAGCACACCGAUAAUUUUUCCAGUAGCACCGUAUUGUAACAGAUCCGAAAACGUCUAAUCAAAGAUCGAACCGUUGUGGGGGUAACGAAGCCGAGGGCAGCCAAAGACAGCAGAGCGUGUCACAUCGGCUUCGUUCCGAAGAGCGGGAGGCAGAGGGUUCGAGGAGAAGCACCGGAAGCAACGACGGCGACCCCAGAAGCAGCACCAGCAGUAGCAGUAACAGCAGUAAUAAGCGUCCGAGCAGCAUGUCGUCCAGUUGUUGUGGGACGAAAAAGCAGAAGCUCAAUGGAAACUAUGCGAACGCUAACGGGCACUGCGCUGACGGAAACAAUGGCCGAGGUGGCUCCAAUGGUGGAAAGGGUACCAUGGUGAACGGCCACACCAAUGGUUACAUGACCAAUGGGCAUGCUUCUGCCGGCGGCGACGGAGGCCAAUCGAUGAUUGACUCCAUGCCGGAAAUGUGCUUUUACUGCUUUGAGGUGCUGCACCGGGAGUUGAACCAACUGGAGGAACCUCGUACACCGUCCUUCACCAAUGAACCAUUCCCACUGUUUGUCACUUGGAAGAUUGGGAAGGACAAGCGACUGCGCGGAUGUAUAGGGACAUUCAGCGCAAUGCGUCUACACUCAGGUCUUCGAGAAUACGCAAUAACAAGUGCUUUAAAGGAUUCGCGCUUCUCGCCGAUCACGCGAGACGAGAUCCAAAGACUGACCGUGUCGGUGUCGAUCCUGCAGGGCUUCGAGGAAGCCUGCGGCUAUUUGGACUGGACGCUCGGCGUGCACGGCAUCCGGAUAGAGUUCUACAACGAACGUGGUUCGAAGCGAACUGCCACCUACCUGCCGCAGGUUGCCACCGAGCAAGGAUGGGAUCAAACCCAAACGAUCGACUCGCUGCUGCGUAAGGGCGGCUACAAGGCUGCCAUCACGCCGGAGAUGCGCCGUUCAAUCAAGCUGACCCGUUACACGUCUCAGGAGUGCCACAUGACCUACGGCGAGUACCGCGACCUGCUGGAAAGACAAUCGCAAUACAACCAGCCCGGUAGAGUACAAUGCUAACAACACGUGUUUUAUCUGCCUCCGCCACGACCUCCGCCACGACCUCCGCCGCCGCCUCCGCCGCCCAGGCAGCUAAGCCAGCGCCCUCAACCGCCACAACAACAGCUACAUCACUACCAACAUCAACCGUUGCAAAAUCUGCAACCGUCGCCUACCUGUCCGCUGGUGUGGAACGGCACCGGCCAUGUCCAACCACCGGACCAGUCUGUCGGUGGAUCCUUUUCCUCCUCGUCGUCCUUGUCGUCCUCCUCGUCAUCCUCAUCGUCCUUGUCCUCAUCAUUCUCGCCACCGGGAAUGAAUCCGGUGCAACCGUAUUCGCAUCAUCACCACCCGCGCCAUCCUUCUUCAAUCCUGCCACAGUACCCGAUCCAGUACCAUCCCAGUCCGUUUCAUCCGCAGCAACAGCCAUCACAGUCGCGACCGAUCGUGCAGCAGCCAUUCCUUCCACCAGCGGGUCCGGCCCGUUUCCGGUAUUUCAACUAAACGAUCAUCGCCAUCACCACCACGGUGGCGGCACUGGUGGUGGCGAUGGCAGCAGCGACACGCGGUGGUAUGAUCCAGGCAGAUAACAACAUCCAAUAAAAAUUACAAACCGUUCUUAUAAAUACGAAUUAAAACAAGUUUUUCUACCUUUGCCAAUCGUUCAUGGGCAGCAAUCGCGUGUGCAAGGUAGGACCGUUCCGUUGCACAGUGGGCAAUAUCGGACUUACUUUGAAGCCGCUGAGUUAGAAUUUUUAAAUGAUACAUUUCGGAUAGGAAAAAUGCUCAAUAAAUCGUCUCAAGCCAUUUUAUCGCCAUUUUUUUAUGUAUGUACAAUGGAUCAUUAAAAUAACCAAAACGGCCGCUAUGGAAAGCAUAGAUAGCGCCACCGUAGCCUUGUGUGUUUGACAGAACAGCAAUGCUGUCACAAUGUUAAAUCUCAUAUAUAGAGUGGCGCCUUUGUUUUGAUGCGGUUAGCACUGACAAAAACUACCUUCAAUGAUCCAUUACCGUGGACUUUUCAGCUGCAAACGGAAUAAUACGUCCAUUUUUUUAAUUCCUUUAUUAGUAUCGUUUCAAACAUUAUACACAUCUCUAAUAUCUAGGAUGACCCAGAUACGUUUCAAAAAUAAAAAAGUCCAUGUGAUUCUUAGAUAGUAUCAACUAAUCAACGAAACGUGUUAAAGUUCCAUGACAAUUUGAAAAAAGUUACAUCGGUUUCAGUUGUGCAAGUUUUGUGAUUUUGGACAGAAUAAUUGCUAAAAAUUUCUUGUUUCGAUUUUUCAUUGGUUUUUCAUGGAAAAAGUCAAAGCCAAAGUUUGACAUGAUAAGUGUUAUUCGGGCACCAGAGGCACCAAUUUAGGGGAAAAGUGAAAAAUGAAUUGCUUUCUGAGGGUUUCACAGGAUGAAACCUGAGCCAAUCGAUUUAUUGAGCAUUUUUCCAUCGGAAUUCGAGUUUGUCCGUUUUUGCCCACUGUGGCGUCGGUAGCGCCGCUAGGUGGAAUGUUCGGAUUAGGAAUGAUUCCCAAUUGCAGUUGUCCGAUCAUGGACAACUCCGUUCCGGCCUUCUUUUUCGGUUCAAACAAUAAGCCACGGAUUGAGAAUUUAAAAAAGCGGUGACUAAAUGUUCAUUACAGAUUAAUUACUAAUUAGCGAUAUAACACUUAUAAUAACCCUUAAUGAGCGAUGAUAUAAGAAGAGUAAACACUAUUUUAAAAAUUAAGAUACAAAACCAUUUUUGAACCGAGUUUGAGCAGAUGAAAUUCCAAACAUGAAAAAAGAGUAAAAAUAACAAAACACGCAGGUAGUCUAGCUUGAAACGUAUAAUUCGAAGUUUGGAAUUAAAAAAAAAACAAAACUCUCGCUAAACGUGCGGCGACCAACCGACCGGAUAGAUUGCGUGUAAGCGUUUCUCAAAGCAUUAGUUGAUAAGCAUAAUAUUAUGUAAUGAAUAAUGAUUACUAAUUGAAACUAUUGUUGAUAUCCAACUGGGGAAGCGGGCAGCGCCAGUUUGCCCACUAUUCCAUCUGUGCAUCUCACAGCAAACAUCAUCGACCACCAAUCCAACCACCAUUGACGUGAUUCGCUCGCGGUGAAGGUUUUAUACGCAUUUUAUUUCCCGGAUUUUUUUUUGUUUUUUGAUUCGCGGAGUGCUACGAGACAUGUCUUGACACAGCACGUGGAAUCUACAUGCAUACUCUUUGUCAUACAGUUUUCACUUUUGUGUACUUAAUCAUCUUACUAACGUGGAAUUACUGAUCGUUUGAAUUAGCUUACAAUUCUAGAUUACUGUUUUUGUUCUUGAGGUAAAUCAUGUGCUGAAUUGAAGGAUGAUCUCUGGAACAAUAGAGCGUAAAUGACUAAUUAAUUUAAAAAGUGAAAUUUAUAACGAAUCUCAUUAGCUGAAAUGAAAAUUGACUUAAAUUUCCUGAGAUUGUUAUCCUGUUAAAUCGUCUGUCCACGAGAAUCUGGAAGAUUCCACGGAAAUCUGGAAGAUUCCACGGGAAUCUGGAAGAUUCCACGGGAAUCUGGAAGAUUCCACGGGAAUCUGGAAGAUUCCACGGGAAUCUGGAAGAUUCCACGGGAAUCUGGAAGAUUUCACGGGAAUCUGGAAGAUUCCACGGGAAUCUGGAAGAUUCCACGGGAAUCUGGAAGAUUCUACGAGAAUCUGAAAAAAUUUACGAGAAUCUGAAAGAUUCUAACGAGAAUCUGAACGAUUCAACGAGAAUCUGAAAGAUACUACGAGAAUCAGAACGAUUCUACGAGAAUCUGAAAGAUUCUACAAGAAUAUGAAAGAUUCUAGGAGAAUCUGAAAGAUUCUACGAGAACCUAAACGAUUCUACGAGAAUCUGAACGAUUCUACGAAAAUCUGAACGAUUCUACGAGAAUCUGAACGAUUCUACGAGAAUCUGAACGAUUCUACGAGAAUCUGAACGAUUCUACGUGAAUCUGAACGGUUCUACGAGAAUCUGAACGAUUCUACGAUAAUCUGAACGAUUCUAAGAGAAUCUGAACGAUUCUACGAGAAUCUGAACGAUUCUACGAGAAUUUGAAAGAUUGUUGUUGUGAAAGUUAUUGUGUGAACGAGCCAACCUGUCCAAUAAAAUAUUUAAGAGGUAAUGUUUCCCGGCUCAAGAUCAUCCUGAUCAACUCACGGCUCUAGAGAUCAUCCUAAUCAACUCUUCUUCCAAGAUCUGCCUUCAAUCCAGCACAAGUUACACUUUUUCGAAUGUUUCCAUAAUCGUCUAAACAACACCUUCUUCAACUGCCUUCAUCGCGAUUUUAGAUUAAUUGUAGAGCGUUAUUAUCGAAUAUACCAUUAACUGUAGUCCGAGAGAAUCAAUCAAACGGCGCGAAAAACCGACGACGAAAACAUAGUUCAUCAGACAAAAGAAAAAUCCUUUGUUUGUUAUAUCUGUAGAAAAAAAUGUAACGCAAAACAAGUCACACACACUCCAACGCAUCGCAACGCAGUAGUUGAACGAAACGCAACGGAUGAUGAAAAUCCAAUCGAAAACCAAAAUCUCACACAAUAAUGGAACAAAAAAAUCUUAGUUAGACAGAUGUAACGGAAUUCCGGCGCGAUAACAUGCUUUAACAAAAAGAAAAAUGUUCAAAAAAAAAAAACAGAAACACGAAAAACAUAACGGAACGCGUAGAACUAAGAAUGGAUUGCAU